AUGUCAUCGACCAGCCCUUCUUCUGGAUCACCUCGAUAUCAGCAGCCUGAGCUACAAACUCAGGUCGCUACUCUACCUCCACCUCAGCCUACAUACAUUUUUCGCGGCCACAGUGCUCAGAUCCAUGGGGUGCACUUCUUGCGACAGAACAGCCGCCUGCUGACCGGUGACGCUGAUGGAUGGGUUGUACUGUGGAAUCUUUCUACCAAACGGGCAGUUGCCGUCUGGCGAGCCCAUGACGGCGCGAUUUUGGGACUGGGAGACUGGGCAGAGGACAAGAUCAUUACUCAUGGGCGGGACGCGUCGCUCAAAGUAUGGCAGCUCCGUACGCAGGACGAGGCCACAUUCUCCACCGUGUUACCAGUCGACGAUCCAGUCACACAUCGUCAGAACCCCUGGUUGUUGCAUUCAUUGAGCGUGAACACAUUGAACUUCUGCUCCUUCUCCUCAUGCAAGCAGCAACGGUCAGAGUUGACGCCCAUCGAUGAAGUGGACGAUCUACCUGAACCGCUCGUCAUAGCUGUGCCAGGGACAAAAGAUUCCCAGGUGGACGUUUUCCAGCUUCCGAGCGAAAGACGAAUGUCGACCGUUCCGGAGGUCAAAUCUAAGAAGGCAGGCAUGGUGAUGGCCAUCAGGAUUCUCUACACAAAUGAUCUCCUCGCUAUAACUGGCUACGAAAGCGGGCACGCAGCGAUCCACGCGCAUAGCUUAUCAGACAACACCUGGCAGCUUUUAUAUCUAUGCAAUGCUCACACCCAGCCGAUUCUCUCCCUGGACGCCUCCCCAGAUCUCAAGUGCUUCUUGACUUCCUCGGCAGAUGCUGUAAUCGGCAAGCACCCCCUAGUUGAAUCACCCAAGACACAGUCUGGAGAGCGCAGCGCCGACGGUCCUCUCAAGGCAGUCAACACGGGCCACGCUGGUCAACAAAGCUUGCGUGUCAGGAAUGAUGGCAAGAUCUAUGCCACCGCAGGCUGGGACGGGAGGGUGAGGGUGUACUCGACGAAGACGAUGAAGGAACUGGCGGUUCUGAAAUGGCACAAGGAGGGCAUCUACGGUGUAGCGUUUGCCAACAUCGAUGCACCCCCACACACGGCGGCUUCAGCGCCGGUAGAAGAUGACGUAACAGUUGCCUCGACUACUCAGUCGCUGACGCACGCUGCGGGCAGCGUAAGCCAACGAAGGGAUGCCAAAGCGAGAACUACACACUGGCUAGCGGCAGGCUCGAAGGACGGAAAGGUCAGUUUGUGGGACAUUUACUGA